GAGCUUCAGCAGCUCAGCAAGCAAUACAGCAAUAUCAAGCUCCUCCAGCUGGAUGUGGUCUGUGAAAACAGCAUCAAGAAAGUAGUCAAGGAAGUGGAGGAGAUUGUGGGCGACAAAGGUCUGAACUGCCUCAUUAACAACGCUGGCAUCAAUGUGCUUGCUUCCUUGGAAGAAGUCACAGCAGAGACAAUGCUCACCAUUUAUGAGACCAAUACAGUUGCCCAGCUGAUGGUCACCAAGGCAUUUCUACCCCUUCUGAGGAAGGCAGCCCAGCUGAGCACAGGAAUGGGCUGCCACAGAGCUGCUAUUAUCAAUAUGUCCUCUCUUGCUGCCUCCAUGCAACUCGUCCAGGCAAAUGAGAUGUUCCUCAAGGUCUACCCCUACAGGAUAGCAAAGACUGCACUGAACAUGAUCACCAGGUGUCUUGCUGCAGACUUGAAAUCGGAUGGAAUUCUCUGUAUUUCUUUGCAUCCAGGCUGGCUUCAGACAGACAUGGGUGGAAACAUGGCUCCCAUGCAGGUGCAAGAGGCUAUCCCUGGUAUCCUGUCUGUUCUGGACCGUCUCGGUGAAAAGGAGAACGGUUCCUUCCUGGACUGGCAAGGGGAAACGCUACCGUGGUAGAAGAGCACAGUCCACUGCAGAAACAGCCCAUCAGCCACUGUUUAACUGUGCCACUAUUGUCUGUGUCUCUAGGGUUUUCUUA